AUGGGUAGCAGCAGCGGCAAGAUCUGUAACGGCAGAGAUGACGGUGGAAGCGGUGUUGACUGCGGUGGAAAUGAGGACGCCACCGAUGUGUACCACCGGGACAUGAUCAACUUGACACCUGGAAAUCCCCUUUUGACUGGAAACUACGCCAAAUUUUUGAAAGAGUGGAGACAUGAAGAAAGCAGAGAAGAGUAUUGGGAAAGAGCAAUUUUGGGGAACACCGACGACGGAAAUGUUCUCUCGCUGUACGCCGAUCUCAUUUUGCAAAACCACGGCGAUCAUAAAAGAGCGCACUCCUAUUUCCGACAAGCUCCCCAAAUGUCCCCGCAACAUUGCUAUGUGCAACCUUCACGCGCAAGGUUUCUGUGGGACGUGGAGGAUGAAGAAUACGAAGAAGAAGAAAAAGAGCAAUGGAGUGAUGAAACUGGCCACAUGCCUCCAACUACCAUCUUCCAUGAUUUUCCCAAGCAUGCUCGUAUUUCCACAACAUCCUAA